AUGGCGCCAGCCAGACACCAAGAGGAUGUAGGGCGAAAUGGCGAGCACUUUGCUUCUUCAAUCGCUGCCUACGAGUCAGAUACUGACUAUAGCUGCAUCUCGAUCGACUCCGACGACUUUGACUUCCCCGUUGUCGAAGCUCCGUCGAGCAUAGAAGCGCAGAACGGAGCUGGCGUAACCGCCUCGAUCGAUGCGCAGCGGGUGCUCCCCCCGGCAGAUGAACAGGUCCAACUGCUGCAAACUGCAGGUAAUGGUGUCCAGCCACAUGCGAACCAAGGAGACUCUUCAGCUCGGGGGGAAGAAGGUGUCGAUAACGCCGAGCCUGAGCUGUGCCAGGAGCAGCGGGAACUGAUUGAUCUGAUUGCCAGCGGCCGCAACGUCUUCUUCACAGGCUCGGCAGGAUGUGGCAAGUCCACCGUCCUCAAGGCUGCCGUCAGGAAGCUCCAAGAGAUGGGCAAAGAGUUGGGCAAAGAAGUCCACGUCGUGGCGCCGACUGGCCGAGCAGCCCUUGAGGUCGACGGUAUGACGGCGUUCAACUACAUGGGAUGGAAUGUCGAUACCCUCAAGGAUCCGAUAGAAAAACUAAGGACAUGGGCGCGAGGUCGCACUCGUAAAAAUACCCGGCAUCGUCUUCAGCGCACCGAAGUGCUCAUUAUUGACGAGAUAAGUAUGAUGGAGAACCACCACCUGCAGCGUAUGAACAUUUGUAUGAAGCAGAUCAAGCAAGGGGGGCACCCCGCUCCGGCUCCGUUUGGCGGAGUACAGGUCAUCGUGACUGGCGACUUCUGCCAGCUGCCUCCCGUGAAACCCUUUCAACAUUGCAUCGAAUGCGGGAAGGAGAUGAAGCAAGACGAUUUCGAAACCGAGUACAACUGCCCGAAAAAUCAUGGUCCAUUCAAGGAGUGCGACAAAUGGGCCUUUAGGAGCAGGGUGUGGGAAGAAUGUAACUUUAUUUAUGUGGAGUUGAAACAGAUCCAUCGACAGAAUGAUGAAAAGUUUCUUAAGAUGCUGCAAAAAUGUCGACUUGGGAUUCCACUCUCCAUGGAUGAGACGAUUACCUUGAUGGAUCCUAGGCGUCAUGUCACCGACGCCACGCGACUCUUCCCAACAACGAAGGAAGUGUCUCGGGUUAAUAAAAUGGAGCUUGAGAAGCUGAAGACUAAGGAAUUCACAUACCAGGCUUUAGAUGGGUUUAACCUCAACUACCACAAGGAGUUGGAUGACCUCUGGAAGCACUUCAAGGACGGGACGCUGGAGGCCCUCGAGGACCACCGCCUAGAACGACAAGCGCAACUAAGGAUAGGUAUGCGCGUGGUGCUACAGGUCAAUCUUGACCACCGAGCGAAACUAUGUAAUGGUAGUCAAGGAACAAUUUUCGAUUUUGAAAAGUAUGAUCAUGCCAAGCUCCCCAGAGCCUGGUCAGGACGAACAGGAUUUUCAGGGCUUCAUGCGGAAGGCCCGACGAUUUACGGGGAGAAUGCAGCUCUCAGAGAACAACAAGUAAAGAGCUUCAUCAGUCGGCAGAAAGACAAAGUGUGGCCUCGGGUGCGUUUUCACAACGGCCUUGAGCGGACUAUUUACGCAGAAUGCAUGGUCACCUCGUUCGGUCACUACAAGCCUUACGCACUCUUAUACCGCACACAGAUUCCCCUUGUGGCCGGCUGGGCCAUGACCAUCCACAGAAGCCAGGGGAUGACGCUGGACCGCGUUAUUGUCGACCUAUCGAAGGCAUUCGAAGAGGCUCAGGUAUACGUCGCCUUGUCGAGGGUGAGGAGUCUGGCUGGGCUUAAGAUUAACGGUAGCUCGGGGGGUCUAUCGGUUGGGCAUGGAGGCAACGCCGACGUCAUACGAUUUCUCAGGGAGAAGUCGAUUGCAUCCGACCUCCCGCCUUUAGAGCCUUACGAUCACUUGAGCUCCUAG